AUAAUAAUAAUAACAAUAAUAAUAAUAAUAGUCUGGGCCAGACAGACAGACCUGCUUUUGAAUCCCCGCUCUGUCACUAGCUCAUUAUGUGACUUAGGAACAUUACUUAAUAUCCCUAAGCCUUAAUUUCUUCAUUUGUAAAGGUCAAAAUAUCUAUCAUACAUUUUAAGUAAUUAGCACAAUGCCUAGCGCAUUGCAAAUAAUUCCUCAACAAAGCUGGCUAUUAGAAAUCAUCAUCAGCAUUAUUAUUCUUUAAAUGGUGAUGUGCUGUCCUCAUAUAUAUGGCUAUUAUAAUGCAAAAAAAUGGUUAAAAGUAAUUAUCAACAUAGGGCAUAUAAUUACACAAAGGCACAUACUAGUAAAAGGGCAGAGAUAUAAGAAUAUGGAAUAUGAAAGAGUAACAUGGUUCUUCCAAAGUAUAAAUUGUAUGAUGGAUGAAUGGAGGGUAUUUCUGGGAGCUGCAUGCUCAGACUGGAUAGAAUCUUCUAUUCUCCUUAUCCUAGUUUAGAAGACUUGCUCUAGGAUGCCCAUAAAAUCAAGUAAAUCAGCAUUCACUGAACAUUGACCAUAUGCCUGAGACGGCAAUGAUUAAUUGAAAAAUUAAGGAUAAGAUAUAAUUUCUAACCUCAAAACCCCUACAAUCUCAUUGAUAGGGUUAUGAAUACAAUCUAAAGUAAAUUAUGAAAUUCUACAAUACCGACUAUAAGUGGAGUACAUGCCCCCAGAAGGGAAACAGCUACAGGAUUAAAGUCCUUAGUGAGAAAUUCACGGAAGUAGGGUUGAAGUGGGUGGGUGAAGGGGGCAGGACUGGAGCUAGGUAAAGGAUAUUUCGGAGAAAAGGACUGGGAGUUGGGAGCACCUCGAGGAUGCCACUCUAGAAGAACUUUGGUAAUAGGAACGUGUGUUAGAUGCUGAGGGACAGAAAAAGACAAAAUAACCUCUGACCUCAAAGAACUCAAAGUGCCCUGAUGGAAAACUAGGAAAGCGAAACACAAAAAAUCAGUUAUCACGAAGCAAUGUGACAAAUACAAUGAAGGACGGUCAUUCCAACAUGGAGUUCUGGAGCCCUGGGACAGGACAGCAGGCACUGGACAAGGCUUUCAUGUAGCAGGGCAGGGCCUUCUGUGCAAAUGACUUUCUAGAGCUUAGCGCCCCCUGCCCUUGUCCAUCUACCCUCAGCUAACGGAGGGGCCUGCCCUUUAAACAACAUUACCUGGCGGUGAGCCAGGAUAUGCCUUUAGGCGCCAACACGGGAGCCGAGGUCUGAAGGAUGGAGUAGGGACGGGGAGGGGAAGGCAAUCUUGGCGGAAAGAAGAGCAAAUACAGUGGCGGAGAAGAGACUGACAGUUUAGGAAGGACGAGGACUCCCCGUCCUUCCCAUCCCUCCGCCUAGGGUUGCCUAAGUUCGGAUUUAGAUUUUAAAAAAAAACCUGGUAAUUUCAAAAUACUUAUAAGUAUGUCCAAAUACUGCGUGGGACGAACGCUCCGGGCUCCCUUCACCUCCUCCUAGCCCGUCCCGGGGCUCACCAACCCGUGGGACCCGCGAGCGGGCGGAGGAAAGCACGAGGGAAUAGCACAGGUUUAACUCUCCCUCACUCCAUCUUUCACGCUCUGGUUUCCGCCCAGGCCCGAGGAAUUUAGCUCACAGCUCGCUCCGCUUCGGUGGUCUGGCUCCGCCGACUGAAGUUAGGGCGGGAAGAGAGAAGGGCUCACUCAUACAAGAAACACCAACUCCGCUCGGCGAGAGGACAGCCCCGCAAGCGCAGACCGGCAAGCAAGCGGAAGUCGCCUUUCCCCGCGACCAGAAGUCCCGCCCCUUCCGGAGGAGGGCCUAAAGCAUGACAGCCAAUCCAGAGGAAGGAAAUACUCUGGCUGCGGCGACUGGGAACUGGGCCUGGGGCUCGCGACCGGAAGCAGCCCGGGGGCGGGCCUCAUGCUGGAAGUGCUUGCCACCAGGCUGGUUCCACCGCUUAGGUGGUGGGAGAUGCGCGGGCGGCCGCAGGCGAGGAGCCGGGUCGGAGGUCCGCAGUCCGGAGGCAGGUCGGCUGUGGGACGGAGCGGUGCCCCGCCGUCAGACCAUGGCCCCGACCCAGCCGUGGGGAGAGCGGUUCCUGAGCCUGCGGGUGACCCCCGCCGGGGUGUUCGGCGUGGCCUUCCUCGCCCGAGUCGCCCUGGUUUUCUACGGGGUCUUCCAGGACCGCACGCUGCUCGUAAGGUACACGGACAUCGACUACCAGGUCUUCACAGACGCCGCGCGCUUCGUCACCGAGGGGCGCUCCCCGUACCUGCGGGCGACCUACCGCUACACUCCCCUGCUCGGGUGGCUCCUCACCCCCAACAUCUACCUCAGCGAACUCUUCGGGAAGUUUCUCUUCAUCAGCUGCGACCUGCUCACGGCUUUCCUCCUAUACCGCCUGCUGCUGCUCAGGGGGCUGGGGCGCCGCCAGGCGUGCGGCUACUGCGCCUUUUGGCUGCUUAACCCGCUCCCCAUGGCGGUGUCCAGCCGGGGCAACGCGGACUCGAUCGUCGCCUCGCUGGUGCUGACGACGCUGUACCUGCUGGAGAAAGGGAGCAUCGCGGAGGCCGCGGUGGCCUAUGGGUUCGCCGUGCACGUGAAGAUCUACCCCGUGACUUACAUCCUUCCCAUAAUCCUCCACUUGCACCCCGUGCGCGGCAGGGACCCGAGCCCCCGCGCCUCCCGGCGUUCCCUCCAGGCCGGUUUGCGCGCCUUCCUGACGGGGCUGUGGGAUCCGCCUGUGCUGCUCUUUGUAGCGGUGGCCGGGUUCACCUUUGCCGCCCUGAGUUUCGGUUUUUACUGUGCAUACGGCUGGGACUUCCUGGAGCACACCUACCUCUACCACCUGACCCGGCGGGACAUCCGCCACAACUUCUCCCCGUACUUCUACAUGCUGUACCUGACCGCCGAGAGCGCGGGCGGCGUUGCCCUGGGCCUGGCGGCCUUCCUGCCCCAGGCUGUCCUGCUGGCGGUGGUGUCUUUCGCCCACCACAGGGACCUUGCCUUCUGCUGCUUUCUUCACACGGCCAUUUUUGUGACGUUCAACAAAGUCUGCACCUCGCAGUACUUCCUGUGGUACCUCUGCCUGCUGCCCCUGGUGAUGCCGCUGGUGCGAAUGCCCUGGAGAAGGGCGGUGGUGCUCCUGGGGCUGUGGUUCGCGGGGCAGGCCCUGUGGCUGGCACCGGCCUAUGUGCUUGAGUUUCAAGGAAAGAACACCUUUUUGUUUAUCUGGUUAGCUGGCUUGUUCUUCCUUCUUAUCAACUGUUGCAUCCUCAUUCAGAUCAUUUCCCAUUACAAGGAGGAACCGCUGGCGGGGAGACGCAAACACGACUAGUGUAUGCUCCGGUUCGUCUGCCACUUCCAUCUCUUACGUGCUGAUGGUUCUGAAUGGACCAGAAGAGAGCUCUGGACAAAUGUUGAGCAUCCUAAGCACGCCUGUGAAAGUUCAGUUUGGAGCCUAAUACCUGUUCCAACGAAUUAAGAUAAAUGUUUACCUUAUGUGUAAAGGGGACUCAGAAAUUGGGGUCCACCUUUAGGAAAUGGAAGGGCUGUUUAAAAAUGGAAGGGCUAAUUAAACUUUCGGAUGUUAAAA